UGCAACACUCCACAACAGCUACUGCAGUUGCACUCCCAUCACUACAGCCGUCAUCGUACUAUAUAAUUCACUCGGACAUUUUAAAUUAUUAUAAUACAAUAUUACACCGCGUCAUCGACUCCACACCGCAAUACACGAUGUAAUGAUAUUAUACUGACUAAAUUAUUUCCGUUUUCCGUUUCAUUUCCGGCGACGAUCGCAUUGCAUACGACCGAGUGUAAAUUUUGAACGGACAAAAAAAAAAAUUUUAAAAUACCUCGUYGGAUGUAUAAUAUCCAAACGAAAUGACAACGGCCGCCACCUGCAACGCAACCACUGGAACCUACCGGCAGAGGUCUACGUUUGUUCGAAGCAGGUUUGUCGGUGGCUGAAUACAUAGUCAACGGGUCAUGUUUUGGCCGACCGUGUUGGCGUUGUUGCAGUUGGCCGCGGACGGACGGACAGACGAAUUUGUUCUCGGCUACUUGACAGGUUCGAGAAGACGGGCCGGCGACAUCGCUUACCCGAAACCCGGUCGCACGAUCAGCGGUGCAAUAUCGUUGGCCGUCGAAGAGAUAAACGCGGGAUCGUUUAAAGACAAAGGUCAUUCGUUAAGUUUUCUGGUAUCCGAAACGUAUGGGGAAGAGUCGACUAGUAUACUUGAAACAGCAGAAUUGUGGAAAAAAAAUAUCUCUGCCUUCAUUGGACCACAAGAGACCUGUCUACACGAAGCUAGAAUGGCCGCAGCCUUCAAUCUGCCGAUGAUUUCCUAUUACUGCAUGGACUCAGACACGUCGGAUAAAACGCUGUUUCCGACGUUCGCCCGCACACGUCCGCCGGACACUCAGAUAUCCAAAUCCGUUGCCGCAGUCCUGAAAGCAUUUAACUGGACUCAGGUGACGUUUUUUUAUUCGAACGCAGAUGACACUCAUUUCGGUAAGAUCGCGUCUACCAUAUCAGAAGUGUUUUCAAAAUCUGGUAUAGAGAUCACAACCAAAAAAACGUGGAGCACCCAUUAUUUGCACGGAUACACAGCCAAUCCAUUCGUUAAACUUGUCGCCGACACGUAUCAAGACACAAGAAUUUACGUUGUUUUGGGAAAUUACUACGAUCACACAGGUCUCAUCGUGGCCAUGGACGAAAUGGAUUUGUUCAAAAACGGUGAAUAUUUCGUGGUGGGUGUGGAUGUGGAGCAGUAUGACGCUGAAAACCCUGGAAAAUAUUUAACCGGAAUGUUGUCAAACAAACCUGAUCCGAUUUUGGAAAAAGCUUAUCGGUCGUUUUUUAGUGUGGUUCCCACGCCACCUAGAGGAUUCAAGAAUUUCUCAGUCAAAGUCAAUGAGUACAUGGAAAAACCACCAUUUCAGUUCCCCAAUCCCUUGGUACAGUUGGGUGGUGUCAAACAGAUUUCUGUCGAGGCAGCGUAUCUGUACGACGCGGUUCAUUUGUAUGCGAGAUGCGUGCUGGAGAUGAUCGAGUGCGGUGAUGAUCCAAGGAAUGGUUCAGCCAUGAUGGCCAAAUUCAAAGGUUCGCACUACAAAAGUGCAUUGGGAUACGAAGUGUACAUGGAUGAAAACGGUGACGCGGAAGGAAAUUAUACAUUGGUGUCACGGCAACGGCAAUCUGACGCCUCCAAAGGAUAUGGCUUAUUUCCAGCUGGUAGAUUCGCUAAGCUCCGAAAUUUAACCAAAAACCCGGAGUUGACGUUGGUGGUGAAUGUCGAAUGGAUUUCUGGGAAACCGCCCGUGGCCGAACCAGCUUGCGGGUAUCGCGGCCAGAAGUGCAUCACUCACACGGCAGAAAUAUUAUCGAUUGUGGCCGGCACGCUGCUGCUGGUGUUGGCCGUCAUCUCGCUGGUGUUCUACAGGAAUUGGAAAUACGAACAGGAACUGGACAGCCUGCUGUGGAAGGUAGACUACAAGGAUAUCGAAAUCAACGAUACGGAGAAUAGCAGCACUUCGUCGAAGAUAUCCAGAGCUUUGCAUCCAUUGAUUCGGACUAGUCAAGUCUCUUUGAGCUCUAACCCGGAUGCGGAUUUUCGCUACUCAUCAAUAUUCACCACAGUCGGCAUUUAUAAAGGUCGAGUGUUUGCCAUAAAAAAUGUGAAAAAGAAAUCUAUUGAUAUUACAAGAGCUAUGAAAAAGGAACUUAAAGUGAUGAGGGAUUUAAGACAUGAAAACUUAAACGGAUUCAUUGGUGCUUGCACAGACCCCCCGAAUAUCUGUAUAGUGACUGAGUAUUGUAAUCGAGGUAGCUUGAAGGACAUUUUAGAAAACGAAGAUGUGAAAUUGGAUAACAUGUUUGUCGCCUCAUUGGUAGCCGAUAUAAUUCGGGGUAUGUUGUAUUUACACGAUUCCCCAUUAAGGUACCAUGGCAAUUUGAAGUCGUCCAAUUGUUUAGUGGAUUCUCGUUGGGUACUGAAGCUCACAGACUUUGGUCUUCAAGAGUUUAAAAAAGACUCUGAAGACUUUCCACAUCAUUUUCUACAGCACGACUUUMGACUUCAAAAGGACGACGAAGUGGAUUGCAAGUGUGAAGGACUUUUAUACAUCUCACCGGAGCUGUUGCGUUGCUACAACUCUUCUAUUCAAAUAUCAUUCGGAACUCAGAAAGGGGAUGUGUAUUCAUUCUCUAUUAUUCUGUAUGAAUUGCAUAGCCGUAAAGGUCCUUUUGGAGAGAACCACGGACUUGGGGUGUCAGAUAUUUUGAGAAAAAUUAUUUAUUAUUCACAAGACGGUUCGAAUCCAUUUAGGCCACCAUUGGAACUACUUGAAAAUAAYUUUGAUUUUGUCAGAGACUGUUUAGAAGACUGUUGGGCAGAGAAUCCAGACGAUCGCCCAGAUUUCAAGACUAUCAGGGUUAAAUUAAGACCUAUGCGGAAAGGAAUGAGACCAAAUAUUUUUGACAAUAUGAUGGCAAUGAUGGAAAAAUAUGCCAAUAAUUUAGAGGUAUUAGUUGACGAACGAACUGACCAGCUGGUGGAGGAAAAGAAAAAAACAGAUGCACUGUUGUACGAAAUGUUGCCGAAGUACGUAGCUGAGCAACUAAAAAGAGGACACAAAGUGCAAGCAGAAAAUUUCGAUUGCGUGACGAUUUAUUUCAGUGACAUUGUUGGUUUUACAUCAAUGUCUGCAGAAAGCACUCCUUUUCAAGUGGUUGAUUUUUUGAACGACCUAUAUACGUGCUUUGAUUCGAUAAUAGAGAAUUACGAUGUUUACAAAGUAGAAACAAUCGGAGACGCGUAUAUGGUGGUUAGUGGUUUGCCUAUUAAAAACGGUGACAUGCAUGCCGCAGAAAUCGCUACUAUGUCAUUACAUUUGCUCGAAGCUGUGAAAAAGUUUCAAAUUAGGCAUAGACCGUACGACAGUCUUAGACUCAGAAUUGGGAUUCAUUCCGGUCCAGUCUGUGCCGGAGUUGUUGGUUUAAAAAUGCCUAGAUAUUGUUUGUUCGGCGAUACAGUAAAUACGACCAGUAGAAUGGAAUCCACCGGACAAGCUUUGAAAAUUCACUGCUCCAACGAAUGCCGUACUCUGUUAGAACGUCUGGGUGGUUAUCAAACCACCGAACGGGGAAUGGUCGAGAUGAAGGGUAAAGGCAAUGUGCGCACAUAUUGGCUAGUGGGUGAGGACCACUUGCACCGGUUAAAGAGAGAUGAGUUCAGGGCCCAGCGCCGGGAACAGCAAACAGGAAGCAAGCACCGCAAGUCGUCCAGACAUCAGAAGAGUGUGAAGGAUGGACCUCGAAGCUCGUUAAAGGUCCCGAAAACGACGAUGAACGGACAGUUGUCCAGAUGCUGCAGUUUGGAGUCACCGAAAAAGUUGAGGUUCGCGAUGCACCACGACGAUGGCACGCCGGUCAGGCGACGGCCGUCAGGUGUUGCCGAAGAAGAGGACGAAUAUUGCUGCGAUCGGCACUUAAGCGUGUCGUGCCCGUGCAUAGAUCAUUUCGACCAGGACCCRAYGGCGGCUGGCAAAAGGCCGACCAACUGCGGAGCGUUGUUGCAGGCUCCGGUGGUCAGGGUCCCUGGUUUCCCGCGAGUCAAUUCGGCGCCGGUCACGCCGAUGGCGGCCGACUGUCUGGAGAUGACGGCCGUGUCAUCGCUUUCCGCCAUGGAUGAUGUCAACGAACCGCUGAUCAAGUCGGACGAAUACUGUAAGGACGGCGCUAUAACGUUCGUGUGACCCACGUGGCGACCGUUUCGGCUCGGGAAUGAUGGGAAGGUGGGAGGGGGUGAGUCCCUUCUCCAUUCCUGAUCACCGGCACAAUGACGGUCUGCGGAGGUGGUGAAAGCGUCGUCCGAUCAGAUGAGGACGAUGCGUUUUAGAGGAUUCGUUCACUGGACUUUCGCAUUCAAAGAUUUACUUCUAGGGAACUGCGCAGGACUGUAAAAUUGUGUGGUCGAGAGAUUGAAGAGAAACUUCCGCCGAUCACCGAAUGGUUGUAAUUUAAUGACACAAUUAUGCUAUGUUUCCUUCUAUAGAUUUGUCAUCCCCUCGUCCCGUCCUCCCGAAACUAGUGUUCGGGUGACACCAUAAAUCAUUUUAUUGUUGUAAUAAUAGCGUCGUCGCGAUAUUGUCCCUAUUUACUCAUUAAUUCCGUGCCCCCUCCCCGCGAUGACUGUGAGAUGUUACUACGACGGUAAUCAUUUGAUUGUUAUUAUAUAUGCGCAUCGAGUCGGUGGAUACCGACCGCGAUAAUACUCUACGGUAUUGCGCCGUCGUCAACAAUGUCGUUUUAAUACAUUACAUUUUCGUCGUCAUUAUUAUAUAUUAUUAUAAUAAUUACUCUAUCGGUUUUGACGCGAUCCGACCGCAAACGUAGGUAUACUCUGCCCGCAGAGAAUGAGGCGAACGUAAAACGAUUUUCCAUAUCAGAAUUCGUCARUUUUGGCCGAUAUGCACGGUUAGCUAUACGCAUUAUAUAUACGUCAUUACAACUCACGAACACUUUUACGUCUCAAUACACAUUAUGGUAUGGAAAUGUUCAUAAGCUUUAACGUUAUGUUAUAUUUUAUCUAGAAUUUUACGCGCCCUGUAACAUUCCAAACAUUUAUAUUAUAUUAUUAUAUUAUAUAUAUAUAUAUUUUAAAUUGU